UUUUGCAGUCUGAGAGCAUGUCCGCGUGUCCUUUCCCUGUUUGUACUGGUCUCUAGUUUCAAAAACUCUUCUCCAGCAUUCACCUUGUCAUGUCCAUGGACCAGCUUGUAGACUUCAAUCAUGUCCCCUCUAACCCUUCGAUCUGCCAGUGAUGUCAGUUUCAGUUGGUCUAAACGAUCUUGGUAAGGGAGAUUGGCGAGUUCAGGACACUGAAUGUAAUUGCCAACAAGAUUACUUUGCUAAUAAUUGCCAAGGUCCAAUAUGUAUCACUCUGCUCUAAGAAGGAUUACCUCAGUUUUAAGGUACAGCAUUUUAAGGAGGAUGUCGUCCUCGCGGAAAGAGCACCUGGACGUGACGGCCGGCCAGUUCCGGCACGACCUGGUCAGCGGCGCGGAGGUCGUCGACAAGAGGCUCAUUUCGCCGACUGUCUACGGCCUGACGCUCAAGGUUGAAGACCCGAAUUUCGGAUUUCAUGCCGGCCAGUGGGUGGAUUUCUGCAUCCCCGGCACGAAUCUGGUGGGCGGCUACAGCAUGUGUUCGGCCCCUGACCAGCUGCGAACGGAGGGGACCCUGGAGCUGGCCGUUAAACGCUCCUCGUGGCCGCCGGCCGUCUGGAUCCACCAACAGUGCCGGGUGGGCAGUCGGGUGACCCUGAAGGCCGGCGGUGACUUCUUCUUCCACCCGGCGCCCCAGGAUCCGGCCCGGCCGCUGCUGCUGGUGGCCGGGGGCGUCGGUAUAAACCCGCUGGUGUCGAUCCUGCGCCACUGCCGCCACCUGCGCGCCGAGUCUCGCCGCACCGGCGCCGGAUACGUGCCGCGGCCGGUGGAGCUGCUCUACAGCGCGCGCAGCCGCCACGAGCUCAUCUUCCGGGACACCAUAGCGAAGAUGGCCGACGAGGGUUUGGUAACGGCCAACCUAUUCGUCACGGGAAAUGACGUGCCUGCUAAUGAUACCUCCUGCCAUAACCGGCGCGUGUCCAGCUGGGACGUGGAGUCGGCUGUGGCCCGGCUGGGUGGCGCCCCGCUCUGUUACCUGUGCGGGCCCAGCGCCAUGGUGGAGGCCGUCGAGGGGUGUCUGCUCGGCCGGCUCCGGUUGAACGCUGCCGACGUCCGGUUCGAGCGCUGGUGGUGAGCCCCGCACGUUCAGUCCGCCGGGGCGCCCACCCCGCAUGGUCAGUCCGCCGGGGUGCCCACCCCGCACGGUCAGUCCGCCGGGGAGCCCAUCCCGCGCGGUCAGUCCGCCGGGGUGCCCACCCCGCACGGUCAGGCCGCCGGGGUGCCCACCCCGCACGGUCAGUCCGCGCCCGGGGAGCCCACUCUGCGACACUCGGUGGCCGGGGGGGGGGGGGAUGGUGAUGUGGGGCGCUGCUCCACUGUGCAAUGCAACGAGUCAAGUGAUGUGAGACUUCUUUGAAUGAUAGAAUGUAGAUUGUUAAAUGUGUAUUGAAGGCACGGCAUAGCUGUUGUUUGUAUGAGUUUUUUUUUAGAUUGACGGUAUAGCUUAUGUAUCAUUCACAACGAUUUAAUAAAAGGAAAGCAAACAGAAGUUA